AUGCAGGCCCCUGUGUUGGUUAUGAACACCAAUAGUGGUGAGAGACAGACCGGACGGAGAGCGCAGCUGUCCAACAUUGCUGCCGCCAAAACCGUUGCCGACAUCAUUCGAUCAUGUCUCGGCCCCAAGGCCAUGCUCAAGAUGCUGCUCGACCCCAUGGGCGGCAUCGUCCUCACCAACGACGGCCACGCCAUUCUCCGAGAAAUCGAAGUUUCCCACCCCGCCGCCAAGAGCAUGAUCGAGCUCAGCCGGACACAAGAUGAGGAAGUUGGCGAUGGCACCACUACAGUCAUCAUCCUGGCCGGUGAGAUCCUGGCUCAGGCCCUCCCUCAGCUCGAGCGCAACAUUCAUCCCGUCGUCAUCAUUUCUGCUUUCAAGCGUGCCCUCAAGGAUGCCAUCGACAUCAUCGACGAAAUCUCCCUACCCAUCGAUGUCCACGACGACAAGGCCAUGUCCCAGCUCAUCUCCUCCUCCAUCGGCACCAAGUUCGUCUCUCGAUGGAUGGAUCAGAUGUGCAACCUUGCCCUCAAGGCGGUGCGAACCGUCACCUGGGAAGCCGGCAAUGGCAAGACCGAAGUGGACAUUAAGCGAUAUGCCCGUAUCGAAAAGGUUCCCGGCGGCGAGAUCGAGGAUAGCAGGGUUUUGGACGGCCUCAUGCUGAACAAGGAUAUCACGCACCCCAAGAUGCGCCGACGCAUCGAGAACCCCCGAAUCGUCCUCCUUGACUGCCCCCUGGAGUACAAGAAGGGUGAAUCACAGACCAACAUUGAGAUCACAAAGGAGGAGGACUGGAACCGAAUUCUGCAGAUCGAGGAGGAGCAGAUCAAGAUCAUGUGCGAUACCAUCCUGAGCGUUCAGCCCGACCUGGUCAUCACCGAAAAGGGUGUCUCUGAUUUGGCCCAGCACUACCUGAUGAAGGCCAACGUCACAGCCCUUCGCCGGGUACGCAAGACGGACAACAACAGAAUAGCCCGCGCCACGGGAGCCACCAUUGUCAACCGAGUGGAGGAUCUCCAGGAGUCGGACGUUGGCACUCGAUGCGGCCUGUUCGAGAUUGAGAAGAUUGGCGACGAGUACUUCACCUUCCUCACAAAGUGCAAGGACCCCAAGGCCUGCACGAUCUUGCUGCGCGGCCCCUCCAAGGACGUCCUCAACGAGAUUGAGCGCAACCUCCAGGAUGCCAUGGGUGUUGCCCGAAAUGUCAUGUUCCAGCCCCGACUGUCCCCUGGCGGUGGCGCUACCGAGAUGGCCGUCUCUGUCCGACUGGCCCAGAAGGCCAAGGGUGUCGAGGGUGUCCAGCAGUGGCCAUACAAGGCGGUUGCCGAUGCUCUGGAGGUGAUUCCCAGGACGCUGGUGCAGAAUGCCGGCAAGAGCCCGGUUCGCGUUCUGACGGAGCUUCGCGCCAAGCAAGCCGAGGGCAAGAGCUCAUACGGUGUCAACGGCGAUACGGGUGCUAUUGCGGAUAUGACCGAGUACGGCGUGUGGGAGCCCGCGGCUAUCAAGCUGCAGAGUCUCAAGACUGCGAUCGAGGCUGCCUGUUUGUUAUUAAGAGUAGACGAUAUCUGCAGUGCCAAGAAGAUGCAGCCCGGUUCCGCUCCUGGAGUGGGAGGCGGUGAUGAUUAA